CUACAAAAAAAUGAAUAGCAACAUUUCCAAGUCUGGCAGCAGCCGUGCCUAGGGUUUAUCCAAUCGCUGGCAAGAAGAAAUUGAAUGUUCUUCCCGCCCUCGUACCAAUUCCUCACUCUUCCGCUAGGCUUGGAAAUCAAGGUUAAAUGGCGUCUAUUGUAACUGUCGAUAAAAUUCCUUCCCAAUUUGACGUUUCUGUUUCACUCGCUAGUUAAUAAUAUUACAUUUCUGUUUUCAUGUGGAAAAUUAUUGAUAUUCCUAUCGUUUAAAUUUUAAUAUACCAAAGAAUCAACGUUUCCUAUUUUUUUAAUCCGUGCCAGAAAGUUGUGUUUACUGAAGCUGUUUUCUAGUGCAAAUUUCGCAAUGCAGAUGAUUUGAUACUCUUCAGCUUCUUAGACAAAAAAAAAUGUUUAUUCUGAAGAAGUGACUAGAGAAAAUUAAGCAACACAUAAGAGGAAAAAGGUGGUUGAAGUCAAACAUCGGAGAUCACAGCAACCUCAACAUGUCACUUUCUCACACAACUGUGACCAAAGAUGAGUCUCCAGUAGCACCUGAUUCCACAACAGCAGACCGUGUUACAUUUACUGAAGGUGAAGAUAUCCUUCUCCAUGAUGAGAAUGGGCUAUUCAUUUUUGGAACAAUUGUCCAAGUUCUCCUAUUUGAUGAAAAAUGUCUUAUCCAGUUUGGAGAUGACACUGAAAGAUGGGCACAUUUUCGUGAUCUGAGAAAGAUUAAAAUUCAAGAGGAAGCAGAAAUCUCAUGCACUCGGUGUAAGAGUAUACAAUCUAGCCCUUGUAAUCAUAUUUUAUUGUGCCAUUAUUGCCGAAGAGGAUACCACCAAAAUUGUCAUGAGCCUCCAUUACCAAGUCAGUUUGCAAAUGGAGAAACCAAUUGGAUGUGCAUGAGAUGCAUGGAAAAAAGACAAAUUAAAGAGAGAGACAAACUUGCCAAUUCAAAACCAGUUGAUAUACCUAAUAAAGUCAAUAACAAUAACAGCAGUUCUUCCAACUUGGUUCGCAAAAAACGAAAUUUUCCUUAUGACUUGGCAAAUCUUAGAUGGGAUGUAAAUCACUACGCAAAUGCUGAGCAAAAGUAUUGCUAUUGCGGACAAUUCGGCGAAUGGUUUAAAAGAAUGCUCCAGUGUUGUGGAUGCUCGCAGUGGUUCCACAGUGAGUGUAUAUCCAUCUUAAAGCAACCGCUAUUAUGUGGGGACAGGUUUUUCCUCUUCUUAUGUUCCGUAUGUAAUAACGGUGGUGAAGAGCGCCUGACGAGACUAAGCCAAGAAAUUACCCUAGCUGACAUGGCUCACAUAGCAUUAUUUAAUCUAACCAUUGAAACGGCCAAGAAAUAUCAUGAUUUGGAUAUGAGUGUUUUACCUUUCAUAGAAAACAACUGGAAAUAUUUCCAACCCUCCAACGAAUUAUUAACGUUGACAGUCAGUGAAAGACGGAUCCGAAUUCUAGCAGCUUUCUGGCAGUUCAAAAAUCGCUUUAUGUGUGGAAGAGAACUGAAAAAGAAAAAGACCAUGUGGGGAUUACGUUUUCGGUUGCCGUCACCGUUUCCCUCUGUAUUAAGCCCACAGUCUCAACACAUGCUGCAGCUAUGGACAAAUCGCGACUUGGUUUCUUCAGGACCAUCCAUUGAGAACGUUUUGCCAACAUUGUCAGUUAUGAAGAAGCAAGCGGAAGGUUUUCAUAAAAACAAGAGAGCUCAUUCGGCGCUUUCAGUACGAGGCGAAAGAGAAAAGAUUUCCAAUAAGCGGGUUAGGCAAUCUGAUCCCGAACCUCACCGCAAUUUACGAGUGCGCCAACAAAGAGCGACAUCUGAGGAGAGUAUUUGUGAAGAGAGUUCUGACGACGUAAAAUUAAUGGUCAUGUCAGGCAAGAAACAAAACAAGCGCAAACGUACUAAUGGUGGUGGCGACGAAAAUUCCAGUAGUAUAUCAUCGUUUUCCGCUUCAUUGGCUACUCCAAUAGAAACGAGUAGUGAUGAAACUUCUUCUAGAGGAACAUUAGAUAUGUUUAUACCGCCUCCGCAAAAUUUUGACGGCCUUAACAACCCGUUCUUUAACUUGACAUCCUACAACCAGAACCUUCCACGAAGCUCUGGGUACCUUUUCGUGCGACCUCUGAAAACGCGACUCAGUGAAAAGGAUAUCCGGAUUACAAAGAACGGUGAGGUUAAGCGUAAGAGAUUUGUGCGGAAAUGGAAGCGAUCUUCUCAACCAGAUUUGGCUAGCGCCCUAUUCAGCAGCGACGCAUCAUUUCGGUUCGCCAGUCCUCAAACACAUGUUUACCAACCAACUCCCAAAGAAUCUAUUCUCAGCUAUUUUGGCAUAGAAGAGCGUGUAUCUCGAGGUGAAAAGUAUACCGUGCAUGCUCGUAGGGUGCUUUCUAAGGGAGCCCUGCAGUAUCUGAUACAUUGGGAAAGUGAAAAUGUAACAUGACCCAAAUAGUGUGCACUGAUCAAACAAUAUAAUGGACUGCAAAAGUAGACAUUGUUUUGUUGAAGGGAAAAAAUAUAUAUUUUCUCGCCAGCUUUGAUGGUAAUAGAUUCAUUACCUUUAAAGCUUUUGGAAUAGCUUUUCUAUCAGUGGUUAAAACAAUCCCAUGAGAGACGACCCGAGGUCAUAAAUUCGUUAUCAAAGAUAAUCUCGAUCUCGAAAAGCAAUCUUGAUUUGAUUUUUGCUAAGACGUGUCUAAUGCACAUUUUCACUUCUGUUUUCACUGCCUGUUUUUAUCGAGUAUUCAUAACCGUCUUGCCGUGAUUGUAAUCUUGUUCGCAUUCAUGUUCUUCACAUUCUUGAAUUUUAGUUUCUGUCUUUUAACUUCUUUUCUUAUUUUGUUUAUUAUGUCACUUGCAGUUGUUUUAACACUAAAGAUGGCUUUGUCGGGAGUUUCUUCCGUAACAGUUACCCUAUCUGUUGAUAGGUACAAAAAUACAUGGGCUCCGUUCAAAA